GAGAGAGGCGAGAGAGAGAGAGAGAGAGAGAGAGAGAGCAACACAACCAUGGCGGCUCCCCCAAUCAAGUCAGUGCAGUGCUUCGGCCGCAAGAAGACCGCCGUCGCCGUCACCUACUGCAAGGAAGGCCGCGGCCUCAUCAAGAUCAACGGCUGCCCAAUCGAGCUCGUGGAGCCUGAGAUCCUCCGCUUCAAGGCCUACGAGCCCAUCCUCCUCCUCGGGCGGCACCGCUUCGCCGGCGUCGACAUGCGCAUCCGCGUCAAGGGCGGAGGGCACACCUCUCAGAUCUACGCCAUCCGUCAGAGCAUCGCCAAGGCCCUGGUCGCUUUCUACCAGAAGUUCGUGGAUGAGCAGAGCAAGAAGGAGAUCAAGGACAUACUGGUCAGAUACGACAGGACUCUUCUCGUCGCUGAUCCACGGCGCUGCGAGCCCAAGAAGUUCGGUGGGCGCGGUGCUCGUGCUAGGUUCCAGAAGUCUUACCGUUGAUUUUGGUGCGGGGUGUUUUGGUAAUUCUCGACAGGUUUAUUUGCUUUUUUAUUGCUAUAAGUAAUUUCUCAGAGUUUUGUUCUUUUAAGAAAGACUUUUGUAGUUUGUUAUGCCAAAUUUUGAAGUAGAACCCUGCGUUUCGUGUGUU